AUGGCCUCGGCCGGUCGUCCCUCUUCCGCACGUCGCUUCCUCAAGCCGCUCCUCUAUUCUGGUGCCGCCGUCGUUGGGGUUGGCGGCACCAUCUUGUACCUCUCCUACCGUCCCAUCAACGUUCCUGGUUCCCAGGGCGCCAUCGUCCCCAUCCCGCGAACUGAAGAUGGGACAAUAAUUCCUCCCAAGUUCCCCUUGAUUAAAUCCCGCGCCGAACAGAUCGCCGACCUGAGGAAGAGUGGUGGACUGGUGGGUGCCGCGCCAGAGACGCCCCUUCGGCAGCAGUUGAGGAAUAGUCUAGACCGAUUAAGAGGCGCAACGAGCGACGAUAGAGACACAACCCUGCCUGCGGAACAAGAAGCUGGGGAACCAUACGACCUUCUGGUCAUUGGUGGAGGGGCUACAGGUUCUGGCAUUGCCCUGGAUGCUGCCACGCGUGGCCUCAAGGUCGCCCUUGUCGAGCGCGACGACUUCGCGGCUGGGACAAGUAGCAAGAGCACGAAACUAGUACACGGCGGCGUACGAUACCUCGAAAAGGCUUUCUGGGAGCUGGACUACAACCAGUAUGCACUGGUUAAAGAGGCCCUGCGUGAGAGGAAAUAUUUCCUUGAUACGGCCCCUCAUCUGUCCAUGUGGCUCCCCAUCAUGAUUCCUUUGCAGAAAUGGUGGCAAGCACCUUACUUUUGGGCAGGUACGAAGCUAUACGAUUAUCUCGCAGGGAGUGAAGGCAUCGAAACGAGCUAUUUCUUGACCAAGAGCAAGGCCUUGGACGCCUUUCCCAUGCUGAAAAAAGAAAAUCUGGUGGGAGCCUUGGUAUACUAUGAUGGUGCGCACAAUGACAGCCGCAUGAACAUUUCCAUUGCAGCCACGGCUGCGCUGUACGGUGCAACGGUGGUCAACCAUAUGGAGGUUACAAGUUUGACCAAGGACCGGGAUGGCAAGCUGAAUGGUGCUGUGGUCCGAGAUGUGAUUGCCGACAAGAAUGGCACACCGACGUCGCCUUUCACUAUACGCGCCAAAGGUAUCAUAAAUGCGACCGGGCCUUUUUGCGACUCGAUACGGAAGAUGGACGACCCAAACGUGCAGGAGAUUGUGGCCCCGAGUUCUGGAGUCCAUGUGGUGCUCCCCGGAUAUUACAGCCCACAGAGGAACUCAAUGGGUCUGAUAGAUCCUGCAACAUCCGAUGGCCGUGUCAUCUUCUUUCUACCCUGGCAAGGCAACACGAUCGCCGGCACCACCGACGCACCAUGCAAGAUUACUCAGCAUCCGAUUGCCGGGGAGGAAGAAAUCGGCUGGAUUCUGAAUGAGAUCAAGGGAUAUCUCUCUCCCGAGAUCAACGUCCGGCGCGGGGAUGUGCUUGCUGCCUGGUCUGGGAUUCGCCCACUGGUCAAAGAUCCCAAAGCAAAGAACACUGAGUCACUUGUGCGGAAUCACCUUGUGACAGUCGCGUCUUCGGGACUGCUCACAUGUGCUGGAGGUAAAUGGACAACAUAUCGUCAAAUGGCAGAAGAUGCGGUUGACGAAGCCAUCAGCCAAUUUGGGCUGCGGACAAAACCUCUGACAACUCCGACGAGAAUUAGCGGCACCGAGAAGAUCGACGAUGCUGCCCCGCUCGAUGGGAACUGUCAAACACACCAAGUCAGACUUGUUGGCGCUCACGGGUUCUCCAAGACUCUGUUUAUCAACCUGAUACAGCAUUUCGGCCUCGAGACCGAAGUGGCGAAGCACCUCGCAGAGGCGUAUGGUGAUCGUGCGUGGACGGUGGCGGCGCUUUCAAGCCCGACCAACGAGAGGUACCCAGUCCGAGGAAAGCGUAUUUCUGCGCUGUACCCGUUUAUAGAUGGAGAGGUACGAUACGCGGUACGACACGAAUUUGCGCAGCGAGCCGUGGAUGUGAUUGCACGAAGGACCAGAUUAGCUUUCCUCAACGCCCAGGCUGCGUUGGAAGCGUUGCCUAAGGUUAUCGACUUGAUGGCCGAAGAGUUAAAGUGGGACAGUAAGAGGAGAGAGCUCGAGUGGAAGGAAAGCGUCGCUUUCCUAGCCUCAAUGGGCCUUCCAAGAAGCAAGUUAAAUGUCACCAGGAAAGAUGUUGAAAGUGGCAAAGCUGGAUUUGCAGACGAAUAUGAGAGGAAGCUAUAUUCAAGAUACGAUGGUCCAGCGGACACGCUCGAGAGUGACUCGAAACUGAGACCCGGCCAAAAUCCGGUCCUAGGACAAGAUUCGCCCGCCAACAAGUAG